CUGCGUGCACCUGCUAUAUAUAUUUGAUUUGAUAGCGAGCUAAUUAAUUAAUUAGGUAGGGAAGAAGCUAAGAUGGAAAUGAAAAAAUGUGGCAAAGUGUUGUGGGAUGAUCAAGUUCAUUCCAGCAGCAGCAGCAGAUUGCUGCAGCUUCUUUUGCUUGCCGCCGCCUUCCCUGUGAGCACGAUGGCGGGCGACAUUUAUCUGACCGAUCAUGAUGUUAAUGUAAUGAUGGAUCUGAAGGGCCAUCUUACGUUCUCGAAUGAGUCAGUAUGGGCUGAUCAUGAUCCGUGCAACUGGGAGGGUGUGGGAUGUGAAAUAGUCACUACUACACCGGACGAGAAAAAUUUGGCCGUUUCUUGGAUCGCGAUUCCGGGUAUGAAUGUCAGCGGGAGACUGCCGGCAAGCCUGGGAAACCUCACCCAGUUGUUUUGGUUCGAAGCGAGCUACAACAGCCUCACCGGCCCACUUCCGGACUUUGCCGGGACGCCAAAUCUCUCUACGCUCGCCGUUGACCACAACCGGUUCACUUCAAUCCCGCCAACUCUGUUUUUCAACAAGACUAAACUGCGGAUCCUUCAUCUAGACUACAACUUUUUUCUUGGGCCAUGGGAGAUUCCUCAAGACCUGAGAUUCUAUUUGGACCUCAUGAAUUUCUCCGCCGUCAAUUGCAACAUUCACGGGGACUUCCCCAGCUUCUUCAACGGCGACAAUUUCCCCACCUUAGUGCACCUUCACUUGGCGCAUAACCAUUUAUCCGGCCAACUCCCUCCCAUCCUGCCCCUAUCUUUGGUCUCUCUGUGGCUGAAUAACCAAACCCGGGCCGACGGCAGCUCAUCAUUGUCCGGCACCAUCUCCGCUAUACAGAACCUCACAUUGAUUACCCAACUCUACCUGCACGGCAACAAUUUUUCAGGCCAAAUACCCGACGUGUCCGGCCUCCCACGGUUGACGGAAUUCACCGUCAGCUAUAACAGUCUUACCGGUCCAGUGCCCAAGUCAUUGGCAGAAAUCCCUUCACUCAAACAAGUCAAUCUCUCUAACAAUAAUCUCAAUGGCUCCGUCCCUCAUUUUAGUGACAAUGUCACACUGAUUACAUGUGGGAAUCCAGGUUUAGCUGACCAAAAAGGGCUUCCAUGCUAGCUACCUACCUGCGCCGCAGAUUUAUCCGUGGUUGAUACAUAAUUAAUGUUUCUGUGUUCCGGCCUUUGUUUGUUUUAAUUUGAAGCUUAAUUUCUUGUCAUUGCGUGCUUAUUUAAUUUCCGUACUAUAUAUCUCAAGCUCGGCGUUUCUCUCUGUUUCUUUUUCUUUUCAAUUAUAAGUAUAUUGAGUUACAAUGUGUUUUUCACUUUAUCUUUAAGCGGUCGUUUGUAAUUUGUGGAGUCAAAUGUUAUGACGAU